AUUCGGCGACGCACAGUCCACCAUGUUUGACAGUGAACGUUGGGUUUGAAACGAAAGAUAAAGUUGUUGUGUUAAACUAAGAACUGAGUCUGAUUGAAGUUGAAGAUUUAGUUUAAAAUGUUCACGAAGCUGUCGGGCGAACUUCGCUGAGUUCGUAACUCGACUGAAGAAAACAAUGGAGACGAAGUUCGGCAGCGAAGUGGCGUCGAUCGUGGAAGUCGCCAUCCAGGCUACCGUGUGUGUUUUCAGGGAUGUCUGCGAGAAAGAAGCGCCAAACUCCGAGUGGCAGGAGGCGAAGUUGGGCGAAGUUCAGGAGAUAGAGAAGAGUCUGGUGGUCCAGAUCCACAGGGUGUUCGCGGAGUUCUCCUCCGAGCUGUUCGAGGAGAACGAGGCUCUGCGGGCCAAAGUGGAGCAGCUGGAGGAUGUGCUGCAGAGGAAAGCCGGGCAGCUGGAGCAAGAGCUGGAGGCCAGGGUGGGUCAGCUGGGCAAAGACAUGGAGGAGCUGGAGCAGGAGCUGAAGAGCAUCAGUGAAGGGGGCAGCAAGACACAGGGGGGACCGACCCAAAUCCUGCUGCAGGACGGAUCAGUGAUGGGCACAGAGGCGUCUGUCUCCACUCCUGCAGCUUCUCCUCCGGUUCCCGCGGAGGAGUCCACCCUGAACCUUCCUCCGGCUCCAUCAGAGAGCGACGGCGUUGCCUCCUGCUCCGCGGCCGUGCCCGCCAUCGACCUAAACGCUGCGACUGCACCGAUGAUGUUCGUCGGGGGGGUCGGCUCAGCUCCCACAGCGCUGUCGGAGGGCGACAAAGAAGUCGUCGAUCAGCCGCCCGCUCCAUCGACGGCUCCUGAUCCUACAGGGACAGCCGCCUCGCCAGGAUCUUCUCCUACCCGGGAAGUCUCCAGUCCAGAAUCCAACAACGUCAGCGGUGUCGACUCAGCGCAAGAAAAGAUAUCUGCGGAAGAGGCACCUUCAGGGAGAGCGAGGAGAAUCAGGAGACCAACGUCUAAAGUCCUAGAAGCGUCCAUGGUGCAAAGCGCUGAGGAGAAUAAAACCAGGUCAGGUGGCGUGCAGGGCAGGAGGCUUUCAAAGAGCGAGCCUCAGACUGUGAAGCGGUUCCCCUGUGAGCUUUGCAGCGCCAGUUUUCAUUGGAAAGGUGAACUGAAGAAACACGUGAAGGUCCAUAAGCAGCCGGUUCCUUGUGAGCAGUGUGGCAAAAGCUUCCUGGAAAAGAAGUCUCUGGAGAAUCAUCUCCUGCGUCAUGAGACACACAAAGCCCCGCUGCCCUUCCCCUGUCCUCAGUGUAAGAGGUCGUACCGCAAAGAGCAGUCGCUGCAGAAUCACCUGAAGCGUCACGAGCGGCUCACGCCGCCCAAACCGUUCUCCUGUGAUCAGUGCGGGAAGACUUUCAGAAUAAAAGCAUCUCUGGAGAAUCACCUGCUGCGCCACGAGAAGUGGAAGCAGAUGUUGAAGUGCAUGCUCUGCGAUAAGACCUUCAAGCUGCCGGUGCAGCUGAAGGGUCACAUGGCGGUGCACUCGGAAGAGAGACCGUUCAGCUGCGCCACGUGCGGGAAAGAGUUCAAGAGUAAAGACACGCUGCGCUUCCAUCAAAUGGUGCACACAAACGCCAGAAAAUACAAAUGCACAAUGUGCGAGGAGGCUUUCAAAUACGCGCACUCGCUGACCGUGCACAAGAGGAAGCACACGGGCGACACUCCGUUCAUAUGCUCCGUGUGCGGCCGCUCGUACAGGACCGGCACGGCUCUGAAGAGACACAGCCUGGUCCACACGGGAGAGAAACCGUUCACCUGCCACAUAUGCGGAGCCCGGUUCAGCCUGAACAACAACCUCAAGAGGCACCUUCGCAUUCACACGGGGGAGAAGCCGUUUACCUGCCAGGAGUGCGGCAAGAGCUACUCCGACAACAACAAGCUGAAGUCUCACAUGCUCGUCCACGGCGCCAGAAAACCUUUCAUGUGCGACCUGUGCGGGAAGACGUUCCUCUUCAACUGCAGGCUGCUCAUCCAUCAGAAGUACGUGCACGCCGACAGGAACGAGGACACAGACGGCACACAAAGAGUCUUGCAGGCCAGAAAGCGGAACAAGUCGCUGGUUAAACCGUUCAGCUGUAAGAUCUGUCUGAAGGGUUUCAGCGCUGCGUGCUCCCUCAAGCUUCAUGAACGAGGUCACAGCGAGCACAAGGAGUUCAACUGCGGCAUCUGUGGGAAGUCUUUCCAUAACAAAUACUCUUUUGGAUAUCACCAGAGAAGCCACUCGGGGGAGAAGCCGUUUGUGUGCGAUGUGUGCGGGAAGAGGUUUUUCCACGCUGGCAGUCUGAAGCAGCACGAGCGGAUUCACACCGGGGAGAAACCGUACAAGUGCGACCAGUGCGGAAAAUCCUUCAGAACAGACGGAAACUUCUACAGACACUUGAGGAUCCACACGGGGGAGAAACCAUUCGAAUGUUUGUACUGUCACAGGAAGUUCCACCAGUCGAAUCAGCUCAAGUCGCACAUGCAGGUCCACACGGGGCAGAAGCUCUACCCGUGUCAGCAGUGUGGCCGCGGCUUCUCGGAUUCAAGGCAGCUCAAAAAACACAGCUGUGACGGCUCGUAGUCGAGGUGACGCCGCACUGCAGAGUCCACCACAACGCUCACGCUUCAUCCAUUUGUCAUUAAUGAAACAGUGGUGCGUUGUAUCAAGGGAGACUAAAUAACUUGAGUUUGAUCUUGAAAUCUAGCUUAGCUGAAGUAGACAAAAUAACCUAAAAAGUUCUGUCUUAAACUGUCAAUGAGAGCUGUUUCUAUUUGCUCAUAAAUCACACAGACAGAAGUUUAAUCCAUUCCAGUUCAAAGAAUAUUCUUUUUUUUUUUACAAUUACUUUGUGAAACUACAAAACAUUUGCUUUAAUAACUUCAUAACAGCUAAAAUAUAAAAAAAAUUAAAUAAAGUGGCAGUAGCUGAAAUAGUUUGCUCAUUUAAGGCCUCUGUUUACUCUCCCUUGUUAUUGCUCCUGAUGUGCUUGAGUUCAAGAAUCAAUCCAAAUUCAUUCAUACCGUACAAAUAGUCACAGCUCAGCUCUUUUUCAGAGUAGAGGAACAAAGUUUUGUUCUGGUCUUUCCAAUACCUUUGUUUUCCUCUUUAUUUUUCAAACGCUUAAUGAAUAGAAAACAUUUUCCGACUAAGAGCUAUUAAGAUGUAAUUAUUUUUUAAGGAAAACGUUCAAAUGGUGAAAUGUUUUCUAAUUAUAUUAUUUCUGUUUGAUAAGGCUCUGUUUCUAUUUUCUCUGUUUGUUGUUGCAAUAAAACAAUAUGCAAAUCGAA